AUGUCUAACUGCGAAUUUGACGAGCAGCAACCAUCGACAGCGAAGGCACAGAAAAAAACCGCUAGGAAAGAAAAACAUGGCGUUCUUGUGCUUGUCAUCGACUGUGGUAGUACCAUGAAUAAUGUUGUCGAUGGUCGGAGCUAUUUCUCAGUGGCAAAAGAAGCUGCGGAUUGGUUGCUGUCAAGAAAAAUUCUUACCAAUCCGUCCACAGAAUGUGGAUAUCGUGAUGCCGAUGUAUCAGAUUUGAUUACCCAAAUCAACGCACUGGAAGUUAAUCUGAUUGCUGUGGGAAUCGAUGACAAUUUUUCGUGCGGACACGAUGGUAGAAUACCAGUUCCACUGGAGAUUGUCAAGCGAACGGAUGGAAUUAGCUUCAGUUUCAAUCCAAUGGUUGAUAGCCGCGCAAUUCGCAAAAGCUGGGAGAUCGCACCAGGAGUUCGCCUUCCACUAACUAUGUACACAAAAACAGCUGUUGCCAAGAAUCCUUUCAAGAGUGUUUUUGUCAAUGAAGAUGGAAUUGAGAUGCAUAGGGAAUCCCGCCUACAAACAAGACUCAGAAAUGAUGAUACCAUGAAUGCCUCGAACUCAGCCAAUUUGACGAGAAUCAACUUUGAGAAACAGAGGCUGUACGUCUAUUACUUCGGGGAUACAAAGGUUCCAAUUGGAGAGGAAGAUGAAGCUCAAUAUAAUUGUCAUAACUUCAACGAAGGAGAGCAGCGUGGAUGUAUGAAACUAAUACAGUUCGCAAAAAAAGAUUAUAUAAAGGAAUGCUAUUUCAUGGGUCAUAACUCAUUCGUUGCUGUUCCUGGUUGGGAGAAAAAGACCUCAGAACGAGAUCUGAGGGCAAUGCGCAUCACAUUGUCCCUCAUAAAUGCAAUGUUGGAAAACGAUGUGAUCGCCAUAUGCAGAUAUGCUCCGGAUGCAGCCAAACACCUUCAGUUAAUGGCUUUAAUGCCUCACAAAGAUGAAAAAUUCGGUCUCGUUUAUUUGAAAGCAUUCCGAUUGCCAUUCGCAGAAGACAUGCGUCCUUUCAAUUUUGUCAACGUUUGUGCAAGUUGUCCAAAACCGAGUCGUGCUGAUGAAAAUGGUUUCAAUCUGCAAGAAGUAGUAAAAGUUAAGCGACGAAGACAGGAAAUUCGCCAAGAAAAUAUAUCGGAAUGGCUCGCUGAAUUGGAAGGUGCUGAAGAGGAAUCCAAAGUAAAAGUAAAAAAUCCUCAAAUCCGUUUUAUCGAUCGCGCACGUGUACGCCUUAACGACAAUUUUGAUUUUCAUAUGGCAUCACUGCUCGAUGAAGUCUCGGUGCUGAUGACGGGUGCAGAGGACGAGGAAUCUAAUCUACUAUAUGGAAUCGCACUGGCUCGUCUUUUGUCUCUUCGAAGCCUAGCCAUUGAGUUUGGUAGACAUGCGGAGUUCAACGAGUGGUUGCGGAGCUCGAAGAAUCGUUGGCCGGAAUGGGCGCUCUUCUGUUCAUCAAUGGAGAAUCCUGCUACGUUGAUCUCAAACUCUGAAUGUCCUUCCUCUGAGUAUUCCGAUAAUGAAGCGACAAGUAUUUGUGUGGCGGACGAAUUAAAUGUUCCAUCGUUGUCUCUUUCAGAGGGAUUGGAUACUGUUUGCUUGAAGCAAAUUCUACAAGAGGUUGGGAUCGAGAACUCGUCGAAAUGUUUAUCUCCAACUUUUGAGAGAAAUGCUAUGGGUAUAUGCGAGAAAGUGUACGAAGCAGCAAAGCAAAGAGCUAUUGACAAAGAGUACGUACAGUCGAUCACGGAGCAGGAGAUCCUGGCUUUCUCGUAUCAGUUACAACGGGAAACGAAGGGAACUACCGAGGAGAGCCGCGUUACAAUAGCAAAAUUAUACCAAUUUCUUUCUCAGUCACCGCAGGCGGUUCGCGAAUGUUUUAGCUCCGCUGUAAUUAACAAAUUGGUGAUGCAUAGUAAUAAUCAAGAUGGAUGUAUUUCGUCUCAAAUACUAAUAGACUUUCUUCAUACAUGUUGCCGACGGUUACAACAACGUCUCCUUCUACAAAGUGUGGCCAAAUCCAUCGAGUAUAUUAGUUCAAAUGAAUUCAUCGACUUUUUGAUGACCGAGAUCUCCAACAAAAUUGUAUGGGAAGGGAUGAAAGACUAUCCGUUCUACUACGCCGUUUUCGUCGAGCGCUGCGUUUUCUUUCAUCUAGAUCCACAAAGAGCAGGAAAGGAUCUCACGUUCACUAUAUUACUGGACGAUAUAUUUGAAAUUCUCGUUGAUCAGAAGCGAUGUGAUGAAGAGUACGAGGGGAAUGCUGUGACUUCGUGGUGCUCACUAAACAAUUUCUGGCGAGUCCUUCAGCAGUUUCGUCACUGCGAUAAUAGCUGGUCUGGAAUGGUCUCUCUCGAGGAAUGUCGUAGUAUACGAGACGGCGCUCUUACGCCUCUGUUCCUAGAACGAAUCUUUGCUACGCAGACAUUAUACGGCGAAAGGUCAUGUCAAGAAAUGGAUUUCCGUGGAUUUGUGGAGCUUGAUAUUGCUUUCCGUACGAGAAAUGCAGAAAGCAUGUUGACGAAUUUGUUAUUGUUGGAAGGAGGGUCGGAUUGUGUUGCUGACGAUAUUGUGGAUGAAAUUUUUGACAUGGUGAAUCCAAAGAUCCAGGACAGAAUCUCUCUUAAAGAUAUGCUGGACAGUCACAUGGCAGAAACUGCUCUUGGUAUCCUCAUUGAUUACCCUUCCUUCUUGAAAUAUGAGAAGAAGGAAGAAGAAACAGGAUCGUAA